AUGUCCAAGAUCGUGGGAAGAGAAGAUAUUUCCCUUGAAACCAACACAAGUUGUCACUUGGUCCUCAAGGAUGUGAGACAUGUUCCAGAUAUGCAUCUCAAUCUAAUCUCUAUUGUAUUACUUGACGAUGAAGGAUACACCAAUGUCUUUGUUGAAGGGAAAUGGAAACUCAGCAUGAACUCUCUUGUCCUAGUACGAGGGAAGAAGGAGAACACCCUAUACAUGACACAUGCAAAAGUCAGUAAUGGGUAUGUAAAUGCUCUCGCAGAAGACUCGAUUGAGUUAUGA